AUGAAUUGUCCCUCACGCACAGACGACACCGAGGCCCACCCGGACUGGAAUCAGAAUCCACAUGGACUCAGUUCCGACUUGACCACUCGGGCGGACCUCAAUGGCAUCGUGAACCUCCGAGAGCAAAGAGCGACUGAGUCGAGUCUCGAUAACAAUGAGCAAGAAGACAUACGUGUGAUGCCGGUCGACAAUCCAGAGCCACCUGCCACCGCCGUGAAGUCACCCAACGCUGUCAAGGUUGAUCCGCUAGAGCGAGCGGCCGUUCAACAAACCCACCCACCGCGAUUUCAGAGUUUCCAUUCACCACGGGCCUUUGCAAGCAAGGUCGUGGUCACUCUUCAGAAGUAUGCAAAAUUCGUGGGUCCAGGGUUCCUCAUUGCCGUCGCCUACAUCGACCCAGGCAACUAUGCCACCGACGUCGAGGCAGGCGCGGCCACCAAGUAUGGUCACUUAUUCAUCAUCCUGAUGUCCAAUAUAUUUGCUAUCUUCCUGCAAUCCCUCUGUAUCAAACUGGGAAGCGUCACUGGGCUGAACUUGGCUGAAAACUGCCGCAAGCAUCUACCCAAGUGGCUGAAUUUCGUCUUGUACCUAUUUGCUGAGUCUGCCAUCAUUGCUACAGAUAUCGCAGAGGUCAUUGGCUCGGCCAUAGCUCUGAAUCUACUCCUGCACAUCCCCCUACUAGCGGGAUGUGCGAUUUCCGUGGUCGAUGUACUCAUCCUUCUUGUCUUCUAUCGUCCCAAUGGCUCCAUGAUGCACCUCAGGCUCUUCGAGUACUUUGUCAUGUGUCUUGUUCUGGGCGUCAUGGUCUGCUUCUGCAUCCAACUCUCCUACAUCAAGGACACCUCAGUCGGAGAGGUCUUCAAGGGUUAUCUUCCUUCAUCAGCGAUUGUCAAGGGCAACGGCAUCUACCUUUCUUGCGGUAUUAUCGGAGCAACCGUCAUGCCGCAUUCCAUCUUUCUUGGCUCGGGUGUCGUUCAGCCACGCCUGAAACAGUUUGACCAGCGGAACGGGCACAUUAUCAGGGGCGAAGAGUCCGACGACGAAGAGGAGAAAUACACUCCAUCUAUCUAUGCGAUCCGGGCCUGCCUCAAAUACUCGGUGGUUGAGCUUGCCACCUGUCUUUUCACCUUCGCCCUGUUUGUCAACUCGGCUAUCCUGAUUGUGUCCGGCUCGUCCCUCUACCCCAAGACCGAGGCUACAGAAGCGGAUCUAUUUGGCAUCCACCGUCUGCUAAGUGAGAACCUCUCCAAGGCAGCUGGUACCCUGUUCGCCCUCGCCCUCCUCCUGUCUGGCACCUCAGCCGGCAUAGUCUGCACCAUGGCCGGUCAGAUGGUGUCGGAAGGAAUGCUACAUUGGACGCUGAAACCAUGGCUACGCAGGCUAAUUACUAGGUCCAUCAGCAUCAUCCCGAGCAUUAUCAUCGCGGGAGCCAUUGGCAAGGAAGGCCUGAACGCAGCAUUAACUGCAAGCCAGGUCUGCCUGAGCGUCAUGCUGCCGUUUGUGACUGCUCCGCUGCUCUGGUUCACCUGUCGAAGCCACAUCAUGACCGUGCAAACCAACGACGCCGGGGGAGCGGUGAACAUGCGGAACGGCUGGCUUGUAACUGCGCUUGCCACUACAAUCUGGAUUGUCCUGGUAGUCAUGAACGUUGCGCUCCUCGUCUUGGUCGGCCUCGGAAAGGCGUGA